UUUUUGUUAGUCGCUGUCAGUUAUUGUGAUCGUUUAGAAGCGCACAAAUGUUAUUAAUCACUUUUGUGUGAAGUCUACCACACCGGAGGUCGUCGUCGUCGUCGUGCGCUUGGCUUCAAUUCGCUGAACCCGUUUCGUACGUCAAACUACGUUGGCCGCGAGUUCGAAAGUAGUCCGCGGUGCGAGUUUCCAUACGCUCUAUCUCUGUCACGUAUUCGACGGAUCAGCGCGACCGCCGCUGGAUAAUAUGAAAUGAGCACAUGCUAUGGUACGGGCGCUAAUCCUUCGUGAUGGCGCAAUAGACAAUGCGGCCCUAAUGAUUGUCUUUUGAUUUCCUGCACACAGGCAGCAUGUGUAUGUGAUAAAUUGUUGAAUGUAUGGCCACACUUCCCCUCGCGGAGCAAUUGGAGUUGAUUUGAGCUGAUAGUUUUUAUUGUCGUUAACAAAUGGCAGUUGAUCGUUGAGUUCGUUCCGUUGAAUCAAAUUAUUGUCAUGCAUCAAUUCAAAACCGACCGCAGUGAAUUGAGUAUGGUUAUGAAUGAAUUAAGUGCAAAUCAUUACCGUUCGUUAUCGUGCGGCAAUAAAACACAGAAAAUUAUGGCAGUAGCAAUUGCUCGGAGAAAAUAAAAAGUAGACACAAACGGAUUAAUUUACAUAACUUCAACUAAAUGUGGAUUUAUUGCAUCUAAAUGGAUAUAAAUCUAGCUCAGGGGAUUAUAAUUUAGUGAUUUAUGUAGUUUUUAUUCCGUGUUUUGCUUUGUUUCCGACGACCCCACUCUCACACGCUGUGGAUACCGGCCCGAAUACAACAAUGAGAAAACCGACGGAAUCCAGUGAAAAAUAUUACCUUCUGCAGUGUGAAUAAAAUUAUGACCGUGAUUACUGCUGUGAAUAAAUUUAUGUAUUUUUCCUCAUACCAGAGAGCGCAGUGAUUUUAUUGUCCGGUUACAUAUCAUCGUGCUGUUGAAAAAUAUAGGAUCCUCAGCGUACCUCGUCUAACUCAUCAACCAGUGUGCAAUUAUAUACACAAACAUACAUCAUGAAGCACGAUGUCGUAAAAUGGAAUGAAAGCAAAAGUGACAAAUACAAACAAUGAGAAGCAGCCAAAGCCGAGUUUAUUGUAACGUGGUUGAGGGCUAUUACUUCAACUAUUCUGUGGUGUCGUGUUUACACUUGGAUUUACUGAUAAGAGGAUUAUCUGUAAUUAUAUUAUAACAAAAGCCGUCGGGAAACAAACAGUAUACUGCCGAGGACUAGCAGCCAUUAGCAUCUGGAGUGUGCGCUGAAUACAGUCACGAGAUCAGCGGGUCUAUGCAGCGUAUAAUACGAAAUAUGCUGAAGAAAAGCUAAGCAAACCAAUAAAAUGUUGACAUCCAACAACCAGUACAUACGACCGGAAUAUUUAUCUCCUCUACCAAACUCGUUCGAUUCGAAAACAAGCCCUUUGGCGCUCCUGGCACAAACAUGUAGCGCAAUCGGCUCCGACUCACCUAACCCAAAGUUACUGGCCAAUAUUGAAAAGAGUACAAAAAGCAAUCGCGACAAACUGUCCCCCGGUACGCUAUCGAAUAGCUCUAAUGAUACUCCAAAGUCCAGUUUCAAGCCCUACGAAUCAUCCAAUGUAGUGCACGAUAGCACUAAAUCGCCAGAUGAUGGCCGGCAAGUCGGGAGCCGGAACAAAUCACCGAAGCAGCAAAACUCGUUCAAUCAGCCAGCAGAAAACAACCGUUGUGAAUCAAACCAAAGUGCUGCUUCAGGCCGAGCUUCACCUUCUGGAUCAAACCGAAGAUCACCUGGUAAUCCACAGUCACAACAAGAAUGUAUCAGUAGUCCAAACUGUGCCUCAUCCAAAGACUCACCGAAUGAUCGACUGAAUGACACUGCAGAUUCUGCAACAUCUAAAGCCACCAUAGAUGCAUCAUCUAGGUAUUCCAACAGCAUCAGUAGUGAUUCUUCGUCAAGAGUAACAUCGUCAGCACCUUCGCUAGUGUCCGUUGGUCCUCCGUUCUACUCCGGAUAUGGCAGUUACCCAAUGGAUUUGAUCGCUACCAGUGCAUUGAUGUCUCCACAUCACCAAAUGUUGAAGGCUGCGGUAAUGAAUCCCUACUUUAACUAUGCCAAAAUGAAGUCACCGGAUUCGAUGAUGCCGGUAUGUCGUGAUCCAUAUUGUACUGGCUGUGCCUUAAGCUCUCAUAUGCUAGGAAAGCUUGGUCCUUCAAGUUGUCCAGCAGGUUGCACUCAAUGUGAUCAUCCGGGAAGCAAAAGCUAUGCAACUGCUGCCGCUUCGUUAGCCGCCAGUCAGUCUUCCGCUGCCAUGUACGCGCAUGCGCAACUGGCAGCGUUGGCAGCUGCCUCUCAAUUACCUUACGUGUGCAAUUGGAUUGGAAGUGACUCGUCCUAUUGUGGGAAACGGUUUGCAGCGUCCGAAGAACUGUUCCAGCAUCUACGAACGCAGCAUACCGCAGCAGCUUCAAUGACAGAAGCCUUGCUCAACCCAGCUACCGCGGCCGCCGCCGCAGCCGGACUGCCACCAACGCACCCAUUGUUUCAAAGAACCUAUCCCUCUCCUCAGCUAAGUCCGUUAUCCUCAGCACGAUACCAUCCCUAUGGAAAACCAUCGUUUCUCCCUCCCGGAAUGUCACCAGCUGCGAUAGCUAGCUUACCCAUUCCACCACAGUAUUUUCAUCCUUAUUCAUUCUAUGGAGCGCGAUUAAACGGGUCAAAUAAUAUGCACCAAUAAGAACUGAUCAAAUGGUUUGGAAACACAGUUGCUAAUAGGUUUGUACAUAGUUUAUCGUUUCUGUAAUAUGUUAUUUGUCGAAUGAAGGAAACUUUUAACGUUAAACGAAACAAAACGAAACUUUGUCAACAUUCUAGGAAUUCUAUUGCAAUAUUUCAGAGAAAAAAUAAAAUAAAUAUUAUUUCCAACAA